GUCGUGCGUUUGUGAUUGGAUAGCAGAUCUGGCUACCAGAGCUACAAAAUCCCAAAGGGUGUCCCAAAAGAUGGCAUUAAAGAAAAAUUUGGAGCCAAAACAAUAGAAAAAAAACUAAUUCAGAACGACGUCGCAUACUUUUUGUCAAUUGAAUUGAAUUGGUAGCGUUGUCGUAAAUUACUGUAAAUUUGUGCAUAAAAAAAGGGAUGAUUACUGUGAAAAGUGCAAUAAUAUUGGUUUGUUUCUAAUCACUGGAAUUGUACAAAAAAAUGCUAAACCAUUAGCUGAAAAAAACCAACGACAUAAUCUACGAUGGACAUGGACAGUCAACCAUCAACCGAAAUUAAAGCAGCUUCUUCACAAUACCAUGAUAAUGAUUUGGUCGACAUGAACGAACUAAUUUUGGACAAUUGGAAUUUGGGUGCCGAUAAUGAAGCAGCUGCUCUACAAUGUUCGCAGGAAAUCAAAUUGGAAUCGUACAACUUCUUAGGGAACAGAAUCAAUUACGAAGAGGAGAAUUUUCAAUUAGAUGAGUACCCUUCACCGGAAAAUUAUUUCAAAGGAGAGCGAAACGCGCAUCAGUACGAGUCGGAGGAUGACGAAGACAGACAGAUCAACGGUGUAAUGGAAAUUACCGAUGACCAUGUCAACGGUGUCAUUGAAAUCGCCGAUGAGAGCUCUCGAGAUAGUGACGUGGUGAAUUUACUAAAUUCGAGCGAUGAAGUGCACAACGCUUCGAACUUAUCAAUUAGUGCGAAUCUGGAGUCGAUACGAUCCGAUCAUAAUUACUCGUCUCAAGAGUUGUUUGCACCAUCUCUCAACGAAACAAUUGAUAGACCUGAAGUUCCCGCAACCGAACCAGAGACUGAACCAAUGCAGGAACCAAUCGAUCAUGUGAAUGAAAUGCAGGAGCCAAUCGAUCAUGUGAAUGAAAUGCAGGCACUGAUUGCCAGUUGGAUGCAUGGUUCAUCGAGUGAAAGUAAAGUCACAAUUCUAAACAAUUUAGAAAGUGAAAUUAAAAGGAUAAAGGAAACGGUGCUAGACAUCCCGAAACCCGAACCAAGCCCGAAAACUCCAACGAACGCUUCUAAAGAUGAUGCCACACCAAUCGAUGCAAAUACCAGCAUAAUAUCGGAAGACAAUGAAAGUGAUAGUGGCUACAUAAUGUCGGAGGGACAUUCUGAACCGUUGGAAUAUAGAGGUGAUCGAGCAGUUUUAACAGAAAGUGAAACCGCGACUGAAAAAAUUGAUGAAGUGCCGGUAGAGACGCUAAAAGACCUACGUUCAGUUUCUGAAGAAGUAGUGGCGAAAAUCGGUAAAUUUUCAAAAUUAUGUUCGAGCGGUACCUCAAGGCUGACAGACCUAACAGAAUGCGGUAAUGAUGUCAUUAAGUCCGUUGUAGCAAUGGCUGCAAUCCUAAAAUUGGAAAUUGGAGGUUGCACCCACGAAAAGGUCACAGUUGCAACGGAUGAACCUACCGGAAACCUCGGCGAUGCUAACGAUGAGGCUGAAACAGAAGUCGAUGACAGUGGUGAUAAGACUGCCGAUGAAAGAAGUAUCGACGAAACUGUUGGUCAAAUGGUCAGUGAAAAUGGAAACGAUGGUGAAAACUUUCCGGAAAUUGUCGAUAGCAAAGUCAAUGGCAAUUCUGAUGACAAAAUUGAAGACGAUGAAAAUGUCGAUGCAAUUGCAGUCGUUGAGGAUAAACAAAAGCAGUUGGAUUUAAAGUCGAAAAAACGCUGGUUAGCGUCAUCGUCAGAAGACAGCCAGCAUAGUUCGGACGAUUCGUACUCGGAAAACUUACCAGUAAAGCGUCGAAAGAAACGAGCUCGUACAAAAUCCUCCUCUUCCUCAUCCUCAUCUGAUGUGACAUUGUCAUCAAUAAACCUGCGGAAGAAAAACGUUCUGCUAGAAAGUUCUGAUGAUGACCAAUCUCAAAAUGGUGCAGCCUCGUCAGUUGAAUUGGAUGAAGUUCCAUCUUCCGAAAAAGAUGCUGUAAAGGACGUAGAUAUGUCGAACUACCUUCUACCACUAGAUGUACCGGUGAACAAAUCUAUGGACAGUGACAUAGGCGAUGACAUCGAUGAUGCAAACGACCAACGAGUCGACUCAGAAGUAGAAGAAUUUUUCGGCUUUGAUGGUGCUGAAAGCACUUUGAAUAUCAUUGGACCUACGUCUGACAUUAGUAUCGAUGAAGCAACUGGUGAUGGGGUUGGCAAUAUUUCGGAACCUGAUGCCGUUGAAUCUACCUGUGAUAACAUUGAAACGACCUCUAAUGUUAUCGAACUUGCAUUUGAUGCCAGUGAACCAACUGGUGAUGUCGUGGAACAAAAUUCUGAUGUGACAGAGCACACAACUGAUGUCACUGAGCAAACAACUGUUGUCACAGAGCAAAUAUCUGACGUCACAGAACAAACAUCUGAUAUUACAGAACAAACAUCUGAUGUCACAGAACAAACAUCUGAUGUUAUAGAACCAACAUGUGAUGUCACAGAACCAACAUCUGAUGUUAUAGAACCAACAUCUGAUGUUAUAGAAGGAACAUCUGAUGUCACAGAACAAAUAUCUGAUGCCACAGAACCAACACCUGAUGAUUUGCAACAAACAUCUGAUGUGAACGAGCCUGUGAUUGAACACACGUUUGAUGGUACUGAGCGUACAAGCGAAAUAGAGGAAAUUAUCGAUUCUAAAACGCCAUACGUGCAGUCUCAACAAUGGGAAUUGCCGGAAGAAUUAAAUUACAGUGACUCGGAAAACGAUGAAGCAUUUGAAAGGAAUAUCUCACCGAAAAAAGAAGUUGAUGUCGAAAACGAUCUCGAGAAUCAUAAUGAACACGCGGUCGAAAAUGAGGAUCUCAAAGCAGAAAACGUCGAUGAUGAGAACGACAAUGGUGAAAAUCACCAGAAUGAGGAAGAUGUCAGCGAAUGCGAUACGGAUGAUGAAAUAGAUCGACUCAUUGAUUUUUCAAACAUUCCUACGAAAGUUAGGCCUGUCGUCAAUCACGUUCCUGUGUAUAGAAAGAAGUCAGUGAGUAAGCCGAAACCGAAGGAAGAUAUUCUGGACAUUCUGAAAGAUUCAGCGAGUCAAGACAUCGAAUCGGAAUCGUCGUCCGAGGAAGACAUCAUAUCCGAAGAACAGUUUGUACUCCAAUUGGCGAGACAACAGUGUCUGAAAGAUUCUAGUGACUCCGAUGGUCAAAACAGUGAAUCUGUGGACGAUGAUGAUGAUGAUGAUGAAGACAAAUCCUCGAUCGACAACGUAACAGAUGAGUCUAAUGACUCAAAGGUUGACCGUUUCUUAAAAAAGCAAUUGGCGCAUGAAAUGGAAAAUCAUUUGGAUGACAACGAAAAGCCCGAGGAGAAUGCACCAGCACCAUCUAAGGAUAUUCCGGUUGAGGAAGACGAUGUCGACGAAGUGAAAGAUGAACAGGAUCUGGAACUGCAAAGCUCUGGCAUUUUUGAGCCAGAAAUAGAACUUCAUGACGGUGAGAAACCUCCGGAUAAAGAUGAAGAUUCGGAUGCUGAGGAGACAUCAGAACAAAAAGCUCCUGAAGAGAAGAAAAAAUGGAAAUUGGACAAAAUUGCGUUCAGCAAAAAUUUGUUCAGCAACCUGGAUUUGGAUGAUGACAAGAACACGAAGGCAACCGCAAACUCGGAUAAUUCCGAUUGUGAAAUGCUCGACAUCUCAAUGUUCAAAACGAAAAAGAGUGACGGCGAUCUGGACAAAAUCAUUCAAAAUCAAAAGAAGCGUGAUGUGUCCAAAAUCAGCAGCAGCAAAGUAGCCGACGAAUGCAUCAGCCUGAGUUCGGACAGUGAUUUAGAAAUUGAUAAGGGGACGAUAGACGAAGACAGCGAGGACGAAAAACCCACAACGAAGAGUCGUCCAAUGCUGCGCAAUGAUCAAUUGGCUGGAGAAACCAAACAGGCACAAAAAGAGGAGAACGAUCGACUGAAACGUUUGGAGAAGAAAACCGAAAGACUGACACAAAUUGUUGAAUCGCAAACGGAGAAAUUAUCACAAUCACAUGAUGACAGUGACGUCAUACUGGACUUUGACUCAAAACAGAAUUGUGCCAUAUCUGUACAUCCGGAGAUUGUCAAAAAUCUCAAGGAGCAUCAGAUUGCUGGCGUUAAAUUCAUGUACGAUUGCUGUUACGGAAGCGUCGACUCCAUUGAAAAACACAACGGGUCCGGAUGCAUUCUGGCACAUUGCAUGGGUCUUGGAAAAACACUCCAGUUGAUAGCUUUACUACACACCCUUAUACGAUAUCCACAACUGAAGACGAAGAAAAUCCUGGUAAUUUGUCCCAAAUCCACAAUCAUGAACUGGGCUGACGAGAUUCAAACCUGGCUGCAAUCAGUUAAAGUAAAGCUGAAAGUGCUGCACUUCCCCGAUCCAUCUGACAUCAACAAAAAGUUACAAAUUUUGCGCGAAUGGCAUUCGUUUAAAGCCGAUCCUGAUGGAAAAGCUGGAUGCAUGCUAAUCGGCUACGAAGCGUUUCGAUCGCUGGUCUUUUAUGCAGACAAAUCGAAACCUGACAUGUCUCAAGUCGAUCUGGAUCGGAUUAGGAAAAUGGUCGAGGAAUAUUUAUUGAAGCCUGGUGCUGAUUUGGUUGUGUGCGACGAGGGACACGUCAUAAAAAAUAGAAAGUCAACCACAAGCCGAGCAGUCAACAAGAUUUCAAGUAGACGUCGCAUCAUUCUAACGGGAACACCAAUACAAAACAAUUUGAAGGAAUACUACAGUAUGGUGAACUUCAUCAAACCGUCGUUCUUGGGAACUGAAAAAGAAUUUGCCAAUCUCUACGAGAAUCCUAUCAAGGAAGGGCAGCACAAAGAUUCGAACAGUGCUCAAAUUCGAAUAAUGAAACAACGUUCUUAUGUUCUGCACAAGAAACUCUCGAAAUUUGUGCAACGUCGUGAAGCCGCUUUAUUGAAAACAUUUUUGCCGGAAAAGUACGAAUAUGUUUUGUUCAUACCAAUGACGGAACUUCAGAAUCGACUAUAUCAGCACUUCUUGGACAACAAUCCGUUGAAAGAGAGGUACGGUGGAAAGAGUCUCAUUCCGGACUACACAUUUUUGAGAAAAAUCUGGACACAUCCCAAAGUGUUGGAAAAUGCUUGGAAAAAUGCCAUCGCCCUUCGUGAUAAACGAAAUGCAGCCAGAAGACGGAACAUGGAUUCCGAUGAGGAGCCUGACGAUGUGCUAGAUAGCCAAGUGGGAAAGAUGUCCGUUGAAAAUGACUGGUGGCGUCAGUUUAUAGAACCUAUGGAUUUAAGAUCGUUGCUGCCCAGUAACAAACUUCGAAUUCUAUUCGAGAUUCUAAAGCUGUGCGAACAAAACAGGGAAAAAUGUUUAAUAUUUUCGGCUUUCGUUGCUGUCCUUGAUGUGGUCGAAUUCUUUAUGCAUCAGAUACACAACAAGGUUUCAUUCAAUGAUGGCAGUGAUCUCGGCAUCGAAAACUUUCAUGGUCCGUGGGAGAAAAAUCACGAUUACUAUCGGUUGGAUGGAAAAACGUCGAAAGCGUUACGACAUGCCAUGAUCCGAAAUUUCAACAAUCCAGGCAAUGAACGUGUCAAAUGCUUUCUGAUAUCGGCGAAGGCCGGAGGCCAGGGUAUCAAUCUCGUUGGUGCUAAUCGCGUUAUAUUGCUGGACACAUCGUGGAAUCCGUCGAAUGAUCAACAGAAUAUUUUUAGAGUCUUUCGCUUGGGCCAACAAAGCAAAUGCUACAUUUAUCGAUUGUUGGCGAUGGGCACUAUGGAAGAGAAAGUGUAUUCCAGAUCGGUUACCAAACAAGCUAUGAGUUUUCGGGUCGUCGACGAACAACAAAUUGACCGGCAUUACAGUUUGGCUGAGCUGGCCGAACUAUACACUUUAACCAAACCAGAUCCGGCCGAACAACCGACACCGGUUCGUCCAGUCGACAAUAUUUUGGCCAGUUUAUUGAGAAAUUUCAAGAGUCUGGUGUACAAGUACCACGAACAUGAUUCUCUGUUGGAAAAUAAUUCUGCCGAAGACCUAAACGAACAGGAAAAAGCUGACGCUUGGGAGGCGUACGAGAAAGAUGUCAGCAUGAAGAAUCAAUUCGGGAACAUGAACAUCACAGCGGACGGAACGUACGGCUCAGGAUACGGAAGCUUCGGUUUAGGAAAUUUGAUGAAUCCCUACUCGUACAUUCCACCGAAUCUUCCAACCAGUAUGAUACCUGCUUAUUUGCAGCGAAUGGGAUACACUGGUGUUUCAAAUGUAACUGGCGUGGAACAGGAACUUAUGUUGAUGAGCCAAAUGUAUUCCCAAUUCAAUCAGUCUGGUGGAACGUCAGCCUAUGGUCCGCUUAGCUCAUAUUUUAACUCACCGUCUAGCUCAAGUACGAACCCACUGUACAAUUCAGCGGGCGCUAGCAACAAUUACUACAAAUCAACAACAAAUUCAACAAGUACAACAUCAUCACCAACUAGCUAUAGUAACAUUUCAUCGAGUGUAUUUAACGGACUUAAUCAAUUGACGUCAUCGUCUUCGUCAGCAGUGGCACAAUAUAAUUUAGCAAGAUACAUGCCCUCGUAUUCUGGUAAUCCGUCAUAUUCGCCGUUCAAUAUGUAUCCAACAUCAGCUAGCGCUACAUCGACAAACGCUGCUCAGUCGUUGGCGACAAAUCAGCCUGGACCAAACGCAAUUAAAAAUCCGCUUCUUUCUAAUUUAUUACCCCCAUCAACCAGCAUCACCAAAGAUUCAUUCAGCAUACCGACUAGCGUCAUUACAAAGGCAUCGAAAGACGUGCAACGUGCCGCCGCUAAUACAUCAAUCGGUCCUGUUUCAUCACUAAGUUCCAUUUCUUUGUCGUCCAAUACGAGUCAGAGCCACCAGAAAACAUCAACACAUUCCAGUUUGUCGAAUUCAUUGAAAGGGAAUCAGUUAAUGGUUGCACGAGCGAGUCCUCUAUCGAGCGCCAGAUCGAGUCCCCUGUCGAGUGCCAGAGUUAGUCCAUUAUCGAGCGCAAGAGCGAGUCCACUAUCGAGUGCAAGAGCGAGCCCUCUAUCGAGUGCAAGAAUAAGUCCAUUAUCAAGCGCAAGAGCAAGUCCUUCAAUUGCAUCAAGAAGCAGUCCAUCGAUAAAUCGAACGUCGGCGGAUGGAACAAGUAGUCUGUCAAUAAGUAGAACUUCUGCGACAGCGCACAAAAAUAGCCAUAAUAACGCAUCACUGGGACCAUUGUCAAUUACAUUGGCUAGCAAUCGUACAAGCCCAGAACCAAAUCUUAUAGUGAAGGAUGUGUCUGCCAUAAACAGAUCGAUGGAACGGAAAACAGCAACAACGACGUCAAAGGCACCCGCACAACCGAUUAAAAAUUUUAAUAUGGGCAUUGUGUAUCCCAAGGCACCGGAAAAAAAGGCUUUUGAUUUGUCACAAAAUGAUUCGCUGUUAAAAGCAGCAAAGAGCCAGCUACAGCAAAAUGCCAGGCCCGAACCUCAAAACCGAAUCUCUCUUCCACCGUCACCGAGUCGAACUGCCAAUCGACUGUCAGUUAACCGAAUACACAACCUAAAGAGUGGAACUAGAACAGCAACAACAACAACCAGAGCUAUGGAUACAAAUGUGUCGUCUUCAUCACUAACAUCCAUUGCGAAAAAUCAUUUAUCAUCACCAAAUCUACCGACAAACGAAGUGACAAUCACACCGACAAAACGACCACAAAAAUUGUCAUUGCCAAUGAGUGCAAUUAAUGCGCAAAGAUUAGCAUCUACGGCUUUGAUAGGUGCGUCGUCGAGUCACAAAUCGUCACCGAUCGAAAUAAACAAAUUAAACAACAGUCAGCUAUCGGUGAGCCGUGUGCCAUCAUCGACAUCAAUAACCCGCCAGUUACCAGCAACGUCAAGUGCAAACGCAUCAAUCACACGGCAAAUACCGAAUCCGUCGUCUGUUACCAAUGCGAACAAAAUUACUGGACGGCUAAACCCACCUAAGUCAAUUCCUAAAUUCAGUAAUCUGGCAAGCACAAUGCCAACGUUAAAACUGAUUUCGACGCCGAGUAACAGUAACAACAAAACAGCAGCAGGUGUGACAUCCAGACCUGUAAUCCCAGCAAUAAAUCGAAAUCCAGGUUCUCGUGUUGUCGCUGCAAAUAAUGGUGUCAAAGUGGCCAUGCAACGUCCAGCACCAAAUACAAAAGUAUUCACUGCAAGUCCAGCACCGAAAUUAGUAUCCUUUACAAAUCCUACUUCAUCCAGCGAUCGGAAAAGAAAGUUGGAAGAAUUAAUUCCGAAAAAUACAGGGGUCACGUUGAUUAAAAAACCAAAACCCAGAGAGCCAGUCGAAAUUGUCGAAUUGGAUUAAUUUGUUUAAAAUGGAAAUGAAAUUUUAUUUAUUUUUUGUUCUUCUUAAGAGAAAAAAAUUUUCUCCGAAAAUACAGACAUUUGUUUUCACCUAAAA